CUGGUAAUUAGCCUGUUAUUUAGAGGACAGUGCACAAUACAUAAACAUACUAAUGGAGGAUUUGCUCCUGACAUGCGGUGUCUACAACGAGAAACUGGACAUGUUUUGUCUGGAGCACAGUCAGGUGUGCUUCGCUAAAUGUGUUCUACUAGAUCACAGACAGUGCAUUAAUUUGGCCACUCUAAUUUCUGAGUCAGUCAAAAAGCUGUCGUUGGAUAUGGAACAGUUGUCCUACAAUCUUCAAGCUAUUCUUCGGCAACUUGAAAUCUUUGAAAGCUCACAAGAAGCCAUCAUUAAGUUUGUUGAUAUAUCAUAUCGUGAAAAACUGCAAGAAAUCCGAGAAAUGCGUAAGAACUUAAACGCUUCUUUGGAUAAGCUAGAAAAAUCAACCUUGAAAAAGUUGAAUGAUAUAAAGACUACAUUGCAAACUUCUCUCAAAAAAGACAUUGAAAACUGCCGCAUACUGAAGGAUGAACUGCGACAUCUUGGUGAAGCUGUGCAUAUCUUUAUGAAACGUAUUAAGAAAAUAUAUCGUUCGUCGAGUGUUGAACAAUACGGCAGGCAUGGCAUGUGAUUUUUUUCGGUUUUUACCCUAACUUUAACCUGCGAUAUGUUAACACUAGUUGAGCUUCCUUCUUUGUUAAUAUGAUACUUACUUUUCAAAUGUAUAUGUUCAAUGGUUGUGAUGCUGUAAUUGCUGUAUUUACUGCUGCUGCGGUUGAUGAUGAAUAUUUAUGUAGGUGACAUAUUGAACUUUGCAUGUCUUUAACUAUGGGAGAAACCCUAUAGGCUAAGCAUAUGGUUACCGCUUCAGUUCUAAUACGUAAGUUUAAUAAUGUUCAUAUACAUGGUUCUUUUUUGGAAAAGUUCCAAUGAUAUAAUUUUAAUUAUUCAAUGUUAGUCAUCAGUAUGUGGUCGUGCUUGAAUACUUUGGAUUAAUCAAAUUAAUUGAUUAUAUUGCUCGGAAUAACAUUUCAUGUUUUUAACAACAAAAAUAUAGGAUAUGGUUAGGCUACUUGCACUAAAUAGAAGGCGGUUAAGGUAUGACAAUACUAUAUACAAGGGACGGUGGGCGUAAAAGAUAUGGCAUGACUAAAUGCACGGGACGGUUGGUGUUAUAGAUAUGGUCAGACCGUCUGCAUUGUACGGUGGCGAUAUCGAUAUGAUCCUAAUAUAGGCACUGGACCGUUAACGUUAUAGAUUUGGUAGGACUAUAUGCACGGGCGGUGGGUGUAAUAAAUAUGGUCAGACUAUAUGCACGGGACGGUGGGUGUUAAAAAUAUGGUCAGACUAUAUGCACGGGACGGUGGGUGUUAUAGAUAUGGUAAGACUAUAUGCACGGGACGGCGGGUGUUAUAGAUAUGGUGAGACUGUAUGCACGGGACGGUGGGUGUUAUAGAUAUGGUCAGACUAUAUGCACGGGACGGUGGGUGUUAUAGAUAUGGUAAGACUAUAUGCACGGGACGGUGGGUGUUAUAAAUAUGGUAAGACUAUAUGCAUGGGGCGGUGG